UCAUUCGUAUCGCGACGCGUCGACCCACCGGCCGGCUUCCGUUAAGUUAAACCGGGCUCAUUCGCACCGCGUCCGUUAGCCGCACCGCUCCGAUCGCACCCGACCUAACCAGAUAUGACGGAGAGCACGGAAACUCCUGCGGCCGCCGCGCCCGAGAAAACUCCCACUGAGAAUGGCACUACCGAAACCCCACCAGAAGAAACCGCUCCCGAGAAGGCCACCGAAGAAAAGGAGAAGGAAUCACCGCCGCCCAAAGAGAUGCGCGCCGUCGUUCUCACCGGCUUCGGCGGACUUAAAACCGUAAAGAUCCUGAAGAAGCCAGAACCUACAGCCGGUGAAGGAGAGGUCCUCAUUCGCGUAAAAGCUUGUGGGCUGAACUUCCAGGACUUGAUUGUUAGGCAGGGAGUCAUAGACUCGCCUCCUAAGACACCCUUCAUCCUUGGCUUCGAAUGUGCAGGAGAAAUUGAGGCCGUAGGCGAAGGCGUCACCAAUUUCAAGGUUGGCGACCAAGUGGUGGCUCUUCCCGAGUACAGGGCGUGGGCUGAGCUGGUGGCUGUGCCGGCGCAGUAUGUGUACGCAGUGCCAGAUGGUAUGAGCGCACUCGAUGCCGUGGCUGUCACCACCAAUUACGUGGUGGCCUACUUGUUGCUCUUCGAGAUGGCCAAUCUUACAUCUGGCAAGAGUCUGCUGGUACACUCUGCUGGUGGAGGCGUGGGCCAAGCUGUGGCACAACUAGCGAAGACUGUGGACAACGUGACCGUCUUCGGAGUCUGCUCUAAAAGCAAGCAUGAAGCGCUGAAGGCUAAUAACAACAACAUCGACCACUUGCUGGAGAGGGGCAGUGACUACACUAGCGAAGUCAGAAAGGUAUCCCCUGAUGGAGUGGAUAUUGUCCUGGACUGCUUAUGCGGUGAAGAGUGCAACCGAGGCUACUCACUAUUGAAGCCUAUGGGACGAUACAUCCUUUACGGAUCAUCUAACAUCGUGACCGGCGAGACGAAGAGUUUCUUCAGCGCUGCGCGUGCCUGGUGGCAAGUGGACAAGGUGUCACCGAUCAAGUUGUUCGAUGAGAACAAGAGCCUGGCUGGUCUGAACUUGCGGCACCUGCUGUUCCAGCAGGGCCGCGCUGAGUACGUGCGGCGCGCUGUAGAUGCGGUGUUUGCGCUAUGGGCACAGGGGAAGGUUAAGCCGCUAGUUGACUCCACGUGGGCGCUUGAAGACGUGGCAGAAGCUAUGCAGAAGAUGCACGAUCGCAAGAAUAUUGGCAAGCUGGUGUUGGAUCCCUCUUUGGAGCCUAAGCCGAAACCCGCCACCCCUGCUAAGGGCAAAGCCGGCAAGGAGAAGAAACCAGCCAAAGAGAGUUCCGAGGAGAAGAAGGACAAGGAGGCCAAAGAAGAGGACAAAAAACCAGCUGAGAACGGUGAGAAGAACGGUGAAGAACCUCUCACUAACGGUAACAGCGACGAAGAAUCAAAAGAGAAGGAGAAAGAGAAGGAAUCUAGCUGAAUUGCGUCCCCCGAGGACUGAACCAGAUAAACCACCGCCAAUCGAUUAUUUUAGAGAGAGCUGCUCGUCUACCGCCGCCCGCGACCGCGAUCGCGCGCCGCCCACUGUACUGUGUUGCCUCAUUCUAUUAUGUUUAUACCUAAAUAAGUCUGAAUACGAUAUAGUUCGAUCUCAAUAUUAAUCAUUAUAAAGUAUAUUUUUAAUGUAACCCCCUAUCAGAAUCCGAUCGAACCAUGUCGUACCGUUAGUUUAGUUAUUUGUCCGGCUUUACAUCACAUUUUUAUUUUGUUAAUGGUUUCUAAAAUAAAUUUUUCACGAUGUCGAAGACUAUUUAUUUGACAACAGCGAUAUAUGAACAAUGAAUUUUUAAUAUAAUAUUUUUAAUUUGAACCGUUCUUUUUAUAAUUUGGCCUAAGUUAAGAUCGUUUCUGAACUUGCGAGUCUUUUAUUAUAGUUUAAUGUUUAAGACUUUAUUUUUAAGAUGAGAUAUUUUAAUCUGCAGUUAUUUUGAAUGGCUAUUAUAUAUGUAAGAUGCAGAGAUGCUUAAUCUUUAUGUAUGUUAAGCUUUAAUAUUUUAUUAGUAAAUGUUUAAAAUUUGGCCCCUCGAGACCACACCCGCCCUGGGUCCGCGCCCGCUCGGCCGACGACUAACGAAUGGUAACCUUGCGUGUGAUAUUUUGUAGUAGGUAUGCUAGAUAUUUUUGCGGUAGGUAUUUUUAUGCAGCCUUUACACGACAUAUUCUUAAUUUUGAGCCUAAAGUAUGUUGUUUUAUAUUUUUUAUACUUAGAGAUUUUGUAAAUUGUUUUCUAGUUAAGAAAGAGAGUUCACUAAAUUUAUUUUUUAACGCACCUGUCAUUGUAUGGCGAGGUGAAACUGUUGUCCGUCUGGGCUCAAAGUUAGGUCGAAAUUAUUUUUGCUCAUGGGACGAAAUCGGAAUUGGUGAGUGUUAGUAGAGCCUAUAAGGUUAGACGAGACUUCAUGAUCGCCUACAAAUCUAUCUAUAAACUUUUUAUAUGUCUACCAAAUGAUGUAACAUGGUCUCUUAUAAUGCUUUUUUAUGUAUCUUUAUACACAAGUAUCACAUAUCUUAUCGAGCAUACACUUUCACACAAUGUAUAUUAGGAAUAAUAUUUUGAUACCAAUAUUCACUGCGUUUCUUUUUAUACUAUACUUACCUAGCAUAUUAUCUACUCUUAAUUUUCGUAAGGUCGUAAGUAACGUUUACCGCCAUAUAAUUGUACAGUAUGGUUAUAGGUAUAUAUAUAUGUACUCAGUACUAAUUAAAUGUUAUAUCUGUGUAACACAUAUCAUGCGGAUGUAAAUGUAACUCUGAGAGGCUGUAACUUAGUCCGUUAAACAACAUAAUAAGUGGAUGAAUUUC